AUGCAAGGGAGGGAGCCAGGGGAGGACGGGAAGAGGAGGGGAGAGGGAGCGAGAAAGGGAGGGCAUGUAGGAGCAAGGGAUGGGAAGAGGACUGAAGACAUGCCCGUCAACGAAGGACUGGCGGCUCCGCUGCUGCAUGCAGACGAGGAUGAGAUCGCGGUGGAGGUGAAUGAAGGAGAGUGCAUGCACUGCUCCAACUUCUGCGAGGCCCUGCGGGCUCCAACGACUCAUGGAGCAGCAGCAGCGCCUGCAUGUUGCCUGUGCUACGAUAAGUCGCAUCAGCCCUCCUUUCACUGCGAUGCCUGUAAGGAGCGCAACAUGUACGACAUCAUCAACUCCUCCCUCAUCGAGCGAUCCUUGCUCGAGUCUUCCCACCUCUCGCUGCAGGGAUCCACAGGAGCUGCGCUCCGAGAGGAGGAGGAGGAGAACGAGCGUUCCCAAGAGAUAUCACGCACUAGCCAUGACGUGCGGGGCGACUGGGAGGAGCGGGAAGGGCUGGUGGAUGGAGCAUGGCGUGGAGGAGCCGGGAAGAAGUUCCAGAUCAGCGAGCCAUGGGGAGUGUGGAUCCUUGCAGACAGUGUGCGUGAAGAAUGCAACGUUCCACCGUCAGAUCAGGAAGAAGACGCAGGCAGCAAUCAUCUGAUGACGGACGAAGCUCAAGGAAACACAGCUGUCGCUCCCGUCCAAGAAACCAUCUGCAAGAACUCGGUCCAUGCCGAAACGAAGCGGAGUUGCAACGUGAUCUGGACGAUCAACGAGCUGUGCAAACUGCACGACGAGGGCAAGCUCAACGACGAGGAGUUUGCAGCUGCGAAGCAGAAGAUACUGAGCGGAGCUCGUACGAUGGACGAGGUGAACGAUGAGCACUGCUCAUGCGAGUGUGUCGUGCAAUGA